GAGCGGUUGUGCGAUCAGAUCGAUCUAAGAUGGCGACUGUGGAACCGGAAACCACUCCUACUACUAAUCCCCCACCUACGGAAGAGGAUAAAACAGAAUCUAAUCAGGAGGUUGCUAACCCAGAGCACUAUAUUAAACAUCCUCUACAGAACAGGUGGGCACUGUGGUUUUUUAAAAAUGAUAAAAGCAAAACUUGGCAAGCAAACCUUCGAUUGAUCUCUAAGUUUGAUACUGUUGAAGACUUUUGGGCUCUAUACAACCAUAUCCAGUUGUCUAGUAAUUUAAUGCCUGGCUGUGACUACUCACUUUUUAAGGAUGGUAUUGAGCCUAUGUGGGAAGAUGAGAAAAACAAACGGGGAGGGCGAUGGCUAAUUACAUUGAACAAACAGCAGAGACGAAGUGACCUGGAUCGCUUUUGGCUAGAGACACUGCUGUGCCUUAUUGGAGAAUCUUUUGAUGACUACAGUGAUGAUGUAUGUGGAGUUGUUGUUAAUGUUAGAGCUAAAGGUGAUAAGAUAGCAAUAUGGACUACUGAAUGUGAAAACAGAGAAACAGUUACACACAUAGGGAGGGUAUACAAGGAGAGGUUAGGACUUCCUCCAAAGAUAGUGAUUGGUUACCAGUCCCAUGCAGACACGGCGACUAAGAGCGGCUCCACCACUAAAAAUAGGUUUGUUGUUUAAGAAGACACCUUCUGAGUAUUCUCAUAGGAGACUGCGUCAAGCAAUCGAGAUUUGGGAGCUGAACCAAAGCCUCAUCAAAGCAGAGUGGACUGCGUUGAAAUUGGAUUCCAUCUAAAUGUUGCUAAGCUAUAAGAGAAGUCUCAUUCGCCUUUGUCUUGUACGUCUGUGUUCUUUUUCUUUUUCUUUUUCAAAUUUUUGCUAGAGUGUCCACUAUCCCAAUCAAAGAAUUACAGUGUACAUCAUCCCCAGAAUCCACAAAUGUGUUCCUGGCCCACUCUGUAGUAGCUUAGAAUUGUCAUUAUAAACACAUUUUACUUUUCCACAAUGUUCAAAAGAGAACUUGCAUUACUAUCUGUACCUUAGCAGGAAAAACGUUCUGUUUCUGUUCCACUUUAUGCAGGAGCAUAUUUUUGCUGGUUUGAGAGUAUGAUGAAGAACCAGUUUUCUAGCAAUUUUCUGUUUCUUUUUACAGCAUUGUCUGUGCUGUAUUCUUGCUGAUGGCUGCUAGAUUUUAAUUUAUUUGUUUCCCUACUUGAUAACAUUAGUGAUUCUGAUUUCAGUUUUUCAUUAGUUUUGCUUUUGUUUUUCCCUCAUGUAACAUUGGUGAAGGAUCCAGGAAUAUGACAGAAAGGUGGAAUAAACGUUAAUUUUGUGCAUUCUUUGGUAAUUUUGGGGUUUUUUUUUUUUAUUUCCUAAACAUAAUUGUGGAUUAUUAAAAAAAAAUGUAACACCAUAAUUACAUUCCUAACUAGAAUUAGUAUGUCUGUUUUUGUAUCUUUAUGCUGUAUUUUAACACUUUGUAUUACUUAGGUUAUUUUGCUUUGGUUAAAAAUGGCUCAAGUAGAAAAGCGGUCCCAUUCAUAUUAAGACAGUGUACAAAACUGUAAAUAAAACGUGUACAGUGAAUUGUCUUUUAGACAACUAGAUUUGUCCUUUAUUUCUCCAUCUCUGCAGAAGGAAUUUGUACUUCUUUCAAGGCAGUCUCUAUUGUGUCUUCUUGUAGUGUCUUCCACAUGAACAGCCUAAGUUUGGAGCACUAGUUUAUUAUUAUGUUUUUAAUAAAUUGAAUAGGUAGUAUCAUAUGUAAUUAAACUGAUGUGGCUAUCUUUUUUAAUAAAGUUAAGGCACAGUUUUUCAGUCUUAGGUUAAAUAUGUUAAAAUUCAUGAGAAUUGGGAUUUUGGUGCAUCACCAUUUGAUAGAAGUAGUGGUUGUAAAACUUGAUUGAGUUUGAGAUGUUUUUACUUAAGAGUCAGAAUGAUAGCAUAAGAAACGUAUAGGAGGUGGUGGGGAGGUGAGGUAUGUGUUAGGAAUUUCAGUGUUACUUCCUGAAUUAAACAAUAAAGUAUUAAGACAUUUAUAUUGGUCAGUUGUUACA